AUGGUAUGGCCAACAGAAUUUGAUAAAAGGCUCGAUGAGUAUGAUGCUAUGGAUUUACCAGGACAACAGUUACCCGCGGCACAAGCCCGUUCCCCUUUAGAUCAUGUUUUGAGUCUUGACGUUGACUCACCAGCGGCGUGUCAACGACUUACUGGAAUUAUAGCGACUAUGGGGAAAUCUACUAAAGAUAUUGAUGUUAUGGAGAACAUGAUGUCAGCGGGUAUGAACAUUGCCCUAUUAAAUUUGUGUUUUGGGACCAAGGAUGAACAUAUUGAAACUAUUAAAACUCUUCGUCAAGCAGCUAAAAACUAUAGUAUAAAGAUGGGGAAAGUUUACCCUCUAGCCAUCGCUGCUCGGCUGCCAGGCCGGAAAAUCAGAACUGGUAGCAUUGCUGACUCUUAUGGUGAAACUGUGGAACUUAUCGCGGGAGAAAUAGUCCGGUUAACAACAGACGAAACCUAUAAAGACAGGUGUUCAACUUACACAGUCUAUGUUGACUUCAUGCACUUUGCUGAACAGAUGAGCAAAGGCAAUUACGUUUUAUUGGACAAUGAGACUAUACAGCUUAAAGUUGAAAUGAUAUCGUCGACAACUUUAACUUGUAAAAUCGAAAGAGGGGGAUUACUUGGAUCGUACAGAGACGUUUUCGUACCCAAUGUCACGUUCGACAUGCCUAAUUAUACCGAGAAUGACAAAAUGUAUAUUGAAAUGGCAGUGCGUAAUCAAUUGGACAUUCUUGUCGCGUCUUUCGUAAACUCGGCUAAUGCUAUUACUGAGCUCAGGCACUUAAUGGGAGACAAAGGAAAGAAAAUAGCUAUUGUUGCCAACAUCCAAACAAUUGAAGGUUUUCGCAACUUCGAUGACAUUCUAUCGAUAAGUAACGGUAUCAUGGUAACGAGACAAGAAUUGGGCUCGGAUAUAACACCAAAAAAAUUAGUCAUUGCACAGAAAAACAUGGUUGCGCGAGCUAAUAAGGCUAAUGUUCCAGUUUGUGUCAGUGCUCAUCUUUUAAGCAGUAUGCGUCAUAACGAGAUACCCCUAAGAUCUGAGUUGUGUGAUAUAACAAAUUGCAUACUUGAUGGCGCUGACGCUCUAGUUCUUUCUGCGGAAACAGCAGUCGGUCGGUAUCCGGUAGCUACUGUUUCAUGUAUGGCUACGAUAUGUAAGGAGGCUGAAGCGUGUUUAUGGACUAAGCAAGUAUUUGAUGACUUCAUAGAUACGACUCCUCUUCCAUGUGAUCAAACCACUGGUACCGCUUUGGCAGCGGUAAUGGCUGCACAGCGGUCUCUGGCUGCAGCAAUCGUUGUAGUAACCUCGUCGGGAAAAUCAUCUCAAGUUGUUGCGAAAUACAGGCCUCGUUGUCCCAUCAUAGCAGUCACUAGAUACGCAGCUAUUGCGAGACAGUUGCAUCUUUGGAGAGGAAUCAUACCUCUUGUAUAUGAAGCUGAACCAGCUAUAGAUUGGCAUCAAGACCUUGAAAGUCGCGUUAACUUUUGCAUAAAGUGGGCCAUGGAACGAGGUUUUAUAAGAAUAGGCGACCCUAUAGUGAUGGUUGCUGGAUGGAGGCAAGGUUCCGGCUUCACAAACACCAUGAGAAUUAUUUAUGCCACUGCUGAUAUGGCUAACUAAUAACGCUAUAUUAAAUAUAUACAUUUGUUAUUCAAUAUUAUAUUUAUGUUUGUAUU